AUGGAUGAUCAAAAUAUUCGGGCUUUUAAUGCCGCUGUUGAUGAAUAUUUAACACGUUCAAAUGAUACUACUAGUGCUAUUGUUAGGAAAUGUCUUGAUGCAAUCACAUUAUCAACAGACCUGGGUAUCUUCGACAAAACGACACCAGUGAUAGCAGACUUCUACUCCCGCUUAACCGAGCUGAUGAAUUCCUGUGACGUAUCAUCCCCUCUGACAUGGAUCGCAAUGGACGUGCUCCAGUUCAUCUGCAAAAACACCCUAGCUCGCCAGACACUGACCCACACCUACAACUUCGCCUCGAUCGUCUCCAAGGCGGUAAACCCUGACUUGGUACCCGAAAAGCGAAUUCUAGUACUGAGACUCCUGCAAGAGCUGACUCACGGAAUCAACAUCCAGUAUUCUGAGCCUUACUUGAUCAACCUGAUCACCACUUUAUCAAACUGGGUGAUUCUGUGCAUCCAGGAGCACGAGAUAGCAGCCCUAUCCUUGGCAGUUUUAAUCAACGUUUGUCGGAACCUUCCAGCAGUCUACAUCCUGAUGAAAAAAACAGACAUCAAAGCUCUCUACCGGAGACUCAUCACCAUGGAGAGCGCCAACAUCAGAAUCCGGGUCCAGUGCUGCAAGCUUCUAGUUGUCAUGGAGCAGAUCAACAAGAAGAUACCAGAACGCGUGAUCCUGGGGUUUGUGACAACUCUGAUGCAGAAUCUUCCAUCAGCUGUUGCUGAUAAAGACAACGACACCAUAAAGCUGCUAGUAGAACUCUUCGAAGAGAUGCAAGCAAACGAACACUUCAGACCUGGAUUGCUGGCUUACCCAAACUACACUCGGGAUGUGGAAAGCAUCACCAAGCUUUUGAACUCUCUAGCUCCUGAAUCAACUGUGCUAAUCAUUAAAUUCUUCCACUCUCUUGUUAAGUUAAGAAUCACCAAGCUAAUUUCUCAGUACCCAGAACUGUUAAAAUUCGCCAACACCUGGAUCACCGACGAACAAACUGCAAUAGAAGCCUUGGGACUUGUCCGCGCAAUAAUAUCUGAUUCUAUAAUCAACAAGAAGGAAUUAAUAGAGAUGAUAAAUUUCGAUAUUCUGACCCCAAAUCUCGAAAAUUCAGAAAAUACGACAAAGCUAACAGAGCUUAUGAAGCUGUUUCUGGAAAUAAUUGGGCUUCCUUGUUUCCACAAGCAAGUCUGCGAAAUUCUUUGUGAAAAAAAAAUGCGUGAAUUGCUGGAACCGCUGAACAGUACAAUUACUUCCCAGGAACCGCAACAGAUGGCAGUGUAUGUCCAUGCGCUUGCGCUUACUGCGAAGUUAGCGAAACAAAGUUUGAAUUGGCUGGCUUUGUUCAUAGAUGUCGCUGAGAAGCACGCGGUGAGAAUGAUUGUAGCGCUUGGAAUUUUUACGGGUGAUGCUGAAGUCAAGCAGACGGCGCUGGAAGUCUUCUCUUCGACAAACUGCAGCAAGGAGUUUGUUUCCGGAGUUGUUAAGUGCAUGUGCGAGCUUAAUCCGAUGGCUCAAAUUAAUUCCGCGAGCAGAGAUGCAGACUUGAAGCUUGAGAGGCUGCUGGUAGAGAGCGGCACUGAGUCCUUCUCACUGGCAAGGCAGCAAGAGUUGGAACAGAUUUUGGAGAAGUUGGGGGACUUGGUUAAGGAAGAUAGAAUUAGCGACAUUUUUAUGAAGGAUGUUAUUGAGCUGUAUGAGCACCAGAAGCUGGUUCAGCAGCAGGUGGAUAGGAUUAAUAUGGCGAGUAUUGAAAGCGCCAGGAGGAGGGUCGCCAUUUUGGAAGGGUUGAUAGAGCAGGCGAAGGAAAAUGAUAAGAAACUAAGGCAGCUGCUGUAUUACUCUCAGCAGAAUGAAGCUAUGUGGAGGACCGAUGCGGCGGAAAUGAGCCAGAAGGUCAGUCAGACUGAGGAGACUAGUAAGAAACUGGUGAGCAGCCUUAGGAAGGAAAAGGCUCAGCUUGAAGAAAAGAUGCUGAGCUUUGAUAAGGUGAAGGCUAGCUAUGCUACGUUGGAAACUGAGAGGGAUAGGUUGGUUGGGGAAAAACACAAAUUGGAGGAAAAGGUUCAGGGAAUGAAAAAGAAAAUUAUUGAGGUUGGAGAGGCUAAGGCUGAGGUUGAGGAUAGGUUGGGUAAAAGGGAACAAGAGCUUGAGAAGGCUAAUAAGGAAUUGGAGACCUUGCAGGUCACUCUCGCGAAUCAUAAGAGAGAGCUUAAAGAGUCUAGUGAGCAGGCUAAAAAACUCAGUAGAACUAUUACGGAGAAGGAAGAUGAAAUUAAGAAGCUUAAUACUGAGAUUAAGGAACUUGUUCAUCUCAGGACUAUGAUUUAUAAUUUAACUGCUGCUAAGAAUAGUUCUGUGACGUAA